AUGUCAGCGGACGAACUCUCCAGGCUCUCUUUGGAGGAUAACAUGGUGACGACUCGGGCUGCUGCUGCUAGGGCUCGAACAGCACCAGCCGUCCAAGAGAGUGCAAGCGGAUCACCACCUUCGCCAUCUCCAACUCAACAUUCCCAGUCUGCAUCACCAACCUCCGCCGUGCUUGAGUCGACUUCCGGUAUCAAAUAUGAUGUUGGUAAUCUUGGAGCCGAUGCCCGUCGGCAUGCCAAAGAAGGCUUUGGUGCGAACGGAAUCAAGAUGAAGUACUGCAGAGCCUUGGAUGAGGACGCGAAUCAGUAUCUAUUUUUCCUGGACGAUGAGAUUCGGGUUGCAAUGGGUGGUCGACAUGGUGCGCCCAGAUGCACUUGUGGCGCAAAUGACAAAGGAAUCGCAUGUAAGCACAUUUUCUGGAUGUUGGACCAAUUGGCAUCAACAGCGUCCCAGAAGAUCAGAGAACAGACACUGGAGAUUGCCCCUGAUGGGGCUCUGAUUCAAAACAGGGAACCAGCUUCGAUUAUCAAAAACGCUACCUUGGAGAGAGUGGCCGAAAAUCUUGACUGGGAGGUUCACGAUGGCCCGGUUCCGGAUGACGAAGACAUCGAAGAGGAAGUUGCCGCAAUGCUCUCCGUCUUUGAACCCACCGAGGCCCUGCCUGUCGAAUUCAGAGCACCCGGCGGCGCCUUUCUUUCCGAGCGCUCACGGAAAUACCGCGAGUUCCGAGACCUGAUAACCUCGCUCUUCACUGAACAGCCCUCCAAAAACCUGGGUCUUUUCAACAAGCUUCAGUCCAUCAUCGACCCGGACUUUCAAACCCAUGUCUUCUUCGAGAAGAUCAACAAUAGAAUUGUGCAUACGUUCAAGGCGUUGGAUGAGUACAUUGCACAUGGAUCUACUGCGCCCUCGGAGGCAUACGAUGUCCCAACCUGCGCGAGGAAACUCAAGUACCUGGUCCAAGCUAUCGAUGACUACUACGAACAGCAAGAACAAAAUGGCUUCGACAUGGGCGACAUCAGUCGUCGUGCUGCGGCAGCAUUAGUCACGAUUCUGAAGGGCGUCGUCGACCGUAAUCAAGACGCCUACGCAGGCAUAACUUGGGAUGGUGUACCCCCUGAAGACGAAACAGAAAGCAAUCUCUUUGUCAACUUGAUUGGGGCACCAGUCCAUGACGGCGACGAAGACGAAGAAGGACUCUUUGUCCUAGACGUGUUGAAGAAGUUGCCUAUUGAAGGGAUCCUGAGGAGUCACUGGGAGUUGCUGUCAGCGACCAGGGCAGGGUUGAAGCCGCAAUGGACGCCUCAGAGGUUUCUGGAAAGCUUUAGGGAGAUUGUGGGUGAAGGAGAGACUCUGGGCAGGAAGAGGGCUGGGACUGGGAGCGAGGGGACUACGCCUAGUCCGAAGCGGCCGGCGCAGAGGAGUGAGUGA